CUGGCGUUACAUCCCCACUGGGACAGAGUGUGCUUUUUGCCAUAGUGUUCUAUCAAUACUUUCACAGAAAGCUUUUUCAGCCAAUUAUUGACUCUUUUCGUACGAUCGAUAUUCUAUGCCCAAGAAAGUCGAGAAUAUUUCCAUUACCUAUGAAAAGAGUUUGAACCGAACGGGAAUCAAGCCCGUCUUCCUCAGAAUGCACUGCACACCAGGCUUGAAACGCAUCGUAAUCAGUGAAAGUGUACGGCUUAGUAGGCGAAUCCGUAGAAACAAUGUCAGUUCUUUGAAAUGUGACUGUUUUGGCCGGUGGUUCACGUUCUAAAUUUCUCGAAAUAGUUUCUUAAUAUACAAAAUUGCUAACGUAAACAAUUAAACAUGCACAACCUGUUCCUGGUAUCGUACUCACUGUCGUGCUUUGGGUUGUUUCUGGGCACGCUCUACGGCACGGUGCUAAAGCGCCACCGAAUUACCGAUUUGCGAACUAUUCGAAGAGCACGGCAUGCUCGGACGGAACUGAGAAAUAGUCCUACACGAAAGUUUUGUAACAUCUAUCGAGCCAAACAGUUUCGCCGCCGGUUGAUGAACGAGGUUAAUCAGAUCAACACGAAGCUGCGGAUUAGGACUCCCAGGGAACGUUACCAGCUGUACCACGAUGCCCAGGGGGAGAUUCGGGUGCGAAGCAAAACCAGUCAGUGCUAGUGUGUGCUGGGCGUGGAUGGGGCCCGUUGAGUGUGCUUACCUGGAAUAAAGAUAUAAAAAAAUAGUAUUAGAAUU